CUGAGCACAUCCUGCUGUCAAGGAUGUAGAGUCUGCGCGUGUUUGAAGGCUGUCGACAUGACUGUGACCUGCUUCCUCUCUCAACAUGUCUGCAGCGAUGCACCUCAGUGUCCUCGUGUGCCUGUUAGCAGUCUGCAGUGCUACAAGUGCUGCGCAGCUCACAAGCUCAGCCCCGUCCACCACACCGCAGUCUCAAACAGGAACCCACCAGUUCACCACUGAUGGCUCCACAGUUUCACCACUAACACCCAGAACGGAGGAAACCAGUCUGAGCUCCAGUCAGCCGACAACGCCGACCCCUCAGGCAUCAACUACCACAGUUUCUCAACAACCGACUGUGUCGUCGGCACCAGGGUCACCAAACGGCACAGAGAUCACCACUGUGCACAAAACCAGUCCAGUUCUGUCUCCCGACCGAGGUAAAGAUGACUUGGCAACAAACCCCGGCCUUGUGGCCGUUAUUUGCAUCUUCUGCAUCAUCCUCGUGCUCGUCCUGGUGGUUCUAACAGUGAAGUGUAUCAGAUUACCCAGAUCAAACUUUGAAAGGCUCGACGACGUGCCCAUGGGCAAAGUGAAUGAAGAGUCUCCAUUUGCUCAUUACUCAAAAUAAAAAAGGAAGCUACACGGGACAACACAGGCGAGGAGUCCAGUCUGCGGUGCGCCCCUCAUGUUUCUGGACAGAUAAACCCCAGAGAUGUCGUCCUGGUGCAGAGAACCAGCAGUGGCUCCUAUUCUAAGCACUCUUUUUCUUUACAUAGCACUUUCGUCGAUGCUCGUGGACCAUCCCUCCCUCAGCUGUGACCUGUUUAUUUUAAUGGCUGGUACUUCAUUUGAUUUAGGUCCUGAGGCUUAAUCUGUAUUAAUUCACAAUAAUUGCACUAAUUACUGCUCCAUUAAUGCUUUGGAAAAGAGAAUAACCCUUAAAGUUAUAAAGUCACAUUUGCUUAUCUGUUUAGUUCACCUUAGAUGAAAAGAACACUUUUUUGUUGUUGUGAUACAUUUAAGAUAUUCCUACUUUCGAGCACACUGGAAGAUAUUUCCAAGAGUGUAAAAUUAAUGUUAUCCACAUAGACAAAUGCCACGAGACAGUGAUUAUAUAUAUAUAUAUAUAUAUAUAUAUAUAUAUAUAUAUAUAUAUAUAUAUAUAUAUACAUAUAUACACGUAUCACCUCAACUGUAAUGGGAAUGACAAAGUACUGUAUAUUUGAGAUAUAAUUUGUAUGUACAUUAUAAUGAUUAAAUAGUCCUUCUGCGGUGUGUUGUGUGGUUUUGACUGUGUUGCCGGCAGAAAUAAAGUUGUUACUUUUCUUUUAACCUCCUCGAUCCUGCCGUCUCAGUCCAAAGAUAACGCCUAAUGUCUGCAGGCCUUGAUGGUGUUGAUUACCAUAAAAAGGUUGCAACCGGUGUAACUGGUCACUGUGUGCCCAAACAGGUUGGGUGUAGUUGCAAUAGCUAGAAUUAGGUGUGUUGAUGCAGGGAAACCUCUAAAACAUGUAGGACAGAGGCCGUCGAAGACUGGAGUCUGACACAUGUGAUCUAAAACAUGCAGAACACCCCAGGGUU